CCCGCGCCUCCUGGGGGGGCCGCAGCCUAGCAACGCCGGGCGCGCCCGCCCAUCCCCCCCCCGCCCUUUUUUUUUUCUGGCCGGGUGCGAGGGAGCAUGCCCGCGCCUGGCCUCAGCCAGCUAAGGGUUAAUCCGAGGGGCGUGGAGCGGCCCCCACCUCGGGGGCGUGCCCCCCUCCCCCGCUAGGCGGCCCGCCCCCCGCGCUAGGGUAUGGCCCCCGGCCCCGGCCCGGGACCCGAGGUCCCGCUCACGGGCCAGUGAAAGGCGUUUUCCCGUUCCCGCCCUCUUCCCCUCGUCGGCCAGCACCAUGGGAUGUAAUAUGUGCGUGGUCCAGAAGCCGGAGGAGCAGUACAAAGUGAUGCUUCAGGUGACCGGGAAGGAGCUCUCCAAGCUGUCUCAGGAGCAAACCCUGGAGGCCCUGCGCUCCUCCAAGGAGCCCCUGGUGAUCCAGGUGCUGAGACGCAGUCCCCGCCUCCGGGGGGACAGCUCCUGCCACGACCUGCAGCUGGUGGACAGUGGCACUCAGACCGACAUCACCUUCGAGCAUAUCAUGGCGCUGGGCAAGCUGCGCCCGCCCACCCCGCCCAUGGUCAUCCUGGAGCCGUACGUCCUGUCUGAGCUCCCCCCCAUCAGCCAUGAGUAUUAUGACCCGGCGGAGUUCAUGGAGGGCGGCCCACAGGAGGCAGACCGUGUGGACGAGCUGGAGUAUGAGGAGGUGGAGCUCUAUAAAACCAGCCACCGCGACAAGCUGGGCCUGAUGGUUUGCUACCGCACGGAUGACGAGGAGGACCUGGGCAUCUACGUCGGAGAGGUGAAUCCCAACAGCAUCGCCGCCAAAGAUGGCCGGAUUCGCGAGGGAGACCGAAUUAUCCAGAUCAAUGGCGUGGACGUCCAGAACCGAGAGGAGGCGGUGGCCAUCCUGAGCCAGGAGGAGAAUACCAACAUCUCCCUGCUGGUGGCCCGGCCGGAGAGCCAGCUGGCAAAACGGUGGAAGGACAGUGACCGGGAUGACUUCCUGGAUGACUUCGGCUCCGAGAAUGAGGGGGACCUGCGUGCACGGAAACUGAAAUCCCCCCCUGCCCAGCAGCUUGGAAACGAAGAGGAGAAGGCGGCCCCCGAUGCGGGGCCGGGCCUGAGCAACAGCCAGGAGCUGGAUAGCGGGGUGGGCCGGACCGACGAAAGCACCCGCAACGAGGAGAGCUCUGAGCACGACCUGCUGGGGGACGAGCCCCUGAGCACCGCCAAUACGCCGGGGCCCCUGCGCAAGUUCGGCCUGCAAGGGGACGCCGUGCAGGGCCGAGACUUCCACUUCAGCAUGGACUCCCUGCUGGCCGAGGGGGCCGGGCUGGGUGGCGCCGAGGUCCCGGGUCUCACCGACGAGGAGUACGAGCGCUACCGGGAGUUGCUGGAAAUCAAGUGCCACCUGGAGAACGGCAACCAGCUGGGUCUCCUCUUCCCUCGGGCCUCUGGUGGCAACGGCGCCCUGGACGUCAACCGCAACGAGAGCGUGGGCCACGAGAUGGCCGUGCUGGAGGAGGAGCUGCGGCACCUCGAGUUCAAGUGCCGCAACAUCCUGCGGGCGCAGAAGAUGCAGCAGCUGCGGGAGCGCUGCAUGAAGGCCUGGCUGCUGGAGGAGGAGAGCCUCUAUGACCUGGGGGCCGGCGAGCCCAAGAAGCACGAGCUGUCCGACAUCUCCGAGCUGCCCGAGAAGUCGGACAAGGACAGCACCAGUGCCUACAACACGGGCGAGAGCUGCCGCAGCACCCCGCUGCUGGCCGAGCCCCUGGCGGAGAGCCCCCUGAGGCGGGCCGCCGCUGCCGCUGCCGCCGCCGCCGGCAACUCCAACCUGAACCGGACCCCCUCCGGCCCCCCCGUCGCCACCCCCAAGGCCACCCCUCCGCAGGGCAGUCCCGCCAAGUUCCGGUCCCUCUCCCGGGACCCCGAGGUGGCCCGGAGACAGCACUCAGAGGAGCGUGUCCGCCGCAGCCCCAAGACCGGGGUGACCCUGGAGCGCGUGGGCCCCGAAGGCAGCCCUUACCUGUCGCGCCGCCACCGCGGCCAGGGCCAGGAGGGUGAGCACUACCACAGCUGCAUGCAGCUGGCCCCGCCGCGCAGCCUGGAAGAGCUGGGCCACGGCCCUCUCGGUUUGGCCGGGGGCCCCCGGGUGGGGGGGCGGCCGCGGCGGCAGCGGCGGCGGCGGGCGGCGGCGGCGGCCACCGAAGCGCCCCGCAUGGAGUGGAAGGUCAAGGUGCGCAGCGACGGGACCCGCUACGUGGCCAAGCGACCGGUGCGCGACCGCCUCCUCAAAGCCCGGGCCCUGAAGAUCCGGGAGGAGCGCAGCGGCAUGACCACCGACGACGACGCGGUGAGCGAGAUGAAGAUGGGCCGUUACUGGAGCAAAGAGGAGCGGAAGCAGCACCUGAUCCGGGCCCGGGAGCAGCGGAAGCGGCGUGAGUUCAUGAUGCAGAGCCGGCUGGAGUGCCUGCGGGAGCAGCAGAGCGGCGACAGCAAGGCCGAGCUCAACAUCAUCGCCUUGAGCCACCGCAAAACCAUGAAGAAGCGGAACAAGAAGAUCCUGGACAACUGGAUCACCAUCCAGGAGAUGCUGGCCCACGGCACCCGCUCGGCAGACGGCAAGCGGGUCUACAACCCUCUGCUCUCCGUCACCACUGUCUGAGUCCAGCCAGCCUCCCAGGACCCUGUCUCCUGCUCUCCCUUAGAAGCUAGCGUGUGUGUGUGUGUGGUGUGUGUGUGUGUGUGUGUGUGUGUGUGUGAGAGAGAGAGAGAGUGCGCGCGCGUGUGCGCACACAGGGCUUUGGUACCAGACAGAGGCCCCCACGGAGAAGGGACCUUUCCUCCCCGAGUACAGCGCGCACGUCAACAGCUGGCCUGGGGGCAGACCUGUAUCGGCCCCCCUGCCGCUGUGAGUGUGUGUGCGUGUGCACGCAUGUGCACACACAUGCACACCCCUCCAGAGGGCUGUCCGCGAGCGUACUUGGGGACAGGGAAGCCGAGGAGAGGCUAAGACGGUCCCAAGCACAAGGGAGUGUCCGGCUCCUCUUGCUGUCGGCAGCCUCCAUUCUUUGUAGAUUUCAAGGGCAACCCUGAUUUUUGUGCUUUUUCCCCCCUCUGUGCUUGCCAAUUGUUGUUAUUUUUUGUUGUUUGUUUUGUGAACCUGCUCUGGGGGCUGGCAGCUCCUUCAGGCAGCCUGACAAAGGUGGGAUCCCCAAGGCUGGGAAGGAGGGGGUGGGGGGAAGGGAGGGAGGGGGGUGGGGGGCAGACGGGGAAUGAAGGCGCGAAUGGGAAGCAGCUUUGCAGGUGCCCUCCACACUGCGGUGUGGGGACAGGAAGCUCACCCUGGAGGGUACCUCCUUCCCUGGUGACUAAGAAAGAGCCCGAGCCAGGACAGCAGGGACUGAAGGGGCGGAGUCUAUCCAAGAAGAAGUAGCUGUGCCCAGGGCUGUGCCCGACGCCAUCCGGGGCUCGGCUUCUCCUCUGAGUGGUGUGAGGGUCCAGAAGCCACGUCCCCUGAGUAGCAGCAGAAGACCUUGGCGACAAGACCUGCGCGGAGCUGGGGAGCAGCCAGCUGGGCUGACUGGGGAGAUGCCCCACACCCCACUCCCGCGAGUGUGGACAGGGCAGCCCUCAGGGAGCUGUGCGAGCGGGCCUCAGGGCCCUUCCCUGGCUCCGAGAGCCGCAGAUGGGAGGCAGACAGGCUGCCUGCUCCUGCCCCCUGCUGGCAGGCGAGAAUAAAGCAAGCUGCCUUUCAAGGGUGA